AUGGACGUUGCGGCUAAUUUCUUCUCCCAGCUAUGGAGUUUCAUCUCCUUCCUACCCUUCUUCUUCUUGCUUCUUGUCCUUGGCGUCGUUAAAGCUGCGAUCAUUGGUCCGGUGGUGCUAUGCAUUAUUUUUAUUGGAAAUUCAGCUGUGAUUGCUGGGCUUUGGGUAGCACAUUUUGUUUGGACGUACUACUGCGUGGUUAGAAGCAAGAGGCUUGGGCUUGUGUUAAAGGUUCUAGCGCUGGUAUUACUGCCAGUGCCGCUUGUCCUUUGGCCGGUCGUUGGAGUUUUUGGGAGUCUUUUAGGUGGGAUUGGAUAUGGGUUUUUUUCUCCCCUUCUUGCGACAUUUGAGGCUGUUGGCGAGAAUGUUCCUGACAAGUUCUACCACUGCUUUGCUGAUGGUACUUGGUCGACAAUUAAAGGCAGCUGCGUAGUCGUGCAGGAUUUCACAGAUUUUUGUUUCCACUCUUACUUCUCCUACAUGGAUGAACUAAUGGAACAGAUGCCUGCCGAUGAAAAGCCCAUGGAUAUAGAGUUAUUGAAACUGCCAGGUUGUUUGUUGGUGAGUCUGAUUGGAGUCCCAGUGGAUGUGGCUGUGAUUACAGCUGUUGCACUAUGGAAAAGUCCAUGCAUGCUGUUUAAAGGAUGGAAGAGGCUAUUAGAAGAUUUGAUAGGCCGAGAGGGACCAUUCUUGGAAACAGCAUGUGUUCCUUUUGCCGGUCUUGCCAUUCUUCUAUGGCCUCUGGCAGUUGUUGCAGGCGUAGUAGCUUCUUUCUUGUCCAGCUUCUUUUUAGGACUAUAUAGUGCUGCCAUUGUGUAUCAGGAAGACUCGGUCUGCCUGGGACUUGCCUUCAUAGUUUCAGUGGUUUCACUGUAUGAUGAAUAUGUAAAUGAUUUACUGUACUUGAGCGAGGGAUCCUGUUUUCCCAGGCCGAUAUACCGUAGACAUAUGAGCUCUUGCCCAGGGACGAAGAGCUCUGGUGACAAUGAUAAAAAUGAGUCGAAGAAUGGUAGAGAAGCCACCAUAAGGUCAAAACUUGUGUCGCAACAUUCAAGAAUUUGGAAGCAGGCACUCCACCGUUAUAAAGCAAUGGAGGUGUGGGGCUGGCUAUUUAAAUCUUGCGAGAUUAAUGGUAGAAUUCUCCUCCAUGAUGGUCUGAUAGAUGUCAAAGAUGUAGAAGAAUGCAUUCUGAAGGGAAAUUGUAAGAAGUUAGGAGUCAAAUUGCCUGCUUGGUCGCUAUUGCAAUGUCUUCUUGCAUCAGCCAAGUCUCUUUCGUCUGGGUUGGUAAUAUCUGAUGAUGUAGAGUUGACAAAGUCAAAUGGGCCAAAGGAUAAAGUGUUUGACUGGUUCAUUGGGCCAUUGUUGGUCAUGAAAGAGCAAAUCAAGAAUCUGGAAGUGGACGCAAAUGAAGAAAUGGCUCUGAGAUAUGUGUUCAUGAAAUGCAAAAAUGAAACACCUGAGGAGUGGGAUGACACUGCAUUUUCAUCUGCAGAUCAUGUCCGGAGAGCACAGUUGCAGGCCAUAUUUAGAAGACUACAGGGUCUAGUAGCUUCCAUGUCUAGGGUGCCAACCUUCAGGCGCCGCUUCAGAAAUUUGGUAAAGGUGCUGUAUCUAGAAGCAGUUCAGGCUGCUGCUUCUGGUAAUCACAUUGGAGGAAUAAUACAUCCCGGAAAGGGUAACCAGAGUUUGAUGGGAAGUCAGAAUGGGAAAGAAUCAGAGGAAGGAGAAGAAAUUGUUGUGGACAUAGCAGAACUAGUCACUUAUGAAAAUGGGAACAUGAGGUCGAUGGGAAGUGAGAAUCUGAAAGGCUCAAAGGAAGGAGAAGAAAUUGUUUUGGAUGUAUCAGAACAAGAUACAUAUGCUUCGAUGGGAAGUGAGGAUUGGAAAGACUCAAAGGAAGGAGAAGAAAUUGUUCUGAUGUCUUAG